AUGGAGCCACAGGUCGAGAUGUCCGAGGUCAGAGGGGUUGUCCAAAAUUCGGCCAUGAACUCUUGUUGGAUUCCGAUUUUCUUCCUGGAGAGCGGUCGGUUUUCCUGUCCACCCAUGCCGUUGCGGGCACAAAGGGCUUCGCCUGGGACAGUAGCUCUUCAUCGUAAUGGAUUUCAAGUUCAUGCUGUCAAUGUUAGAUCAAUCCAAACCGAGGGAAAAUUGAAACAAUUCAAGAAAUCGUUGGAAACAGAAGUGAUCAGCAUGAAUUCGACAUCCCCCUAUACACGACCGUUUGGGCGCUUCAGGAUGAGAUGGAUCGACGAUACUGGCAAGAAUCAUGGCCUCCGGUGGAGCGAUCUUACACUGACCGGACAAUGGAAACAGUUAUGA